AUGGUGGCUGUUGUGGAGCUUUGCGAUGGUGGCGUGAAGGAUGAAGAGACAGUAGGUGGUGGGGGCGUAAAGAAACUGGUGGUAAUGGAGGGUGGGGUGGUUGGGUACUCCAUGGCGAAUGCAAAGGCAGUUACUUUCGGGCCAUAUGGUUCUAAAGUACCUGGUAAUAACUUUGAUCACGGAACGUCUUACAGUACAAUAAGGGAAAUAAUUGUCUGUGUCGCCCCUGCCGGAACAGAAAUUGAAUCCUUUCAAGUUGUCUACAGUGAUAUUGAAGGAAAGCCAGUAUCAGAAAUAAGGCGUGGUGGUGGCGGCGGAAAUCCACACUCGGUGAAAUUAGACUAUCCAAAGGAGUACCUCAUUUCAAUAUCUGGCACUUGUGGGUCCUAUGCACAGUAUCUUGUUGUGAAAUCUCUUACAUUUCACAGCAAUAUAAAACAAUAUGGGCCAUAUGGUAAGCAAGAAGGAAGUCGUUUUGUAACUCCGUCAACUGCUGGCAAAAUUGUUGGAUUCUUCGGAAGGUCGGGUGCUCGUUUGGAUGCGAUUGGAGUGCACAUGAAGCCAAUCCCAACUGUAGUACCAGUUGGUCCAUUUGGAACUACUCAUGGAGAGCAGUGGGAUGACGGAAACUAUAGCACGGUAAGGGAAUUGAUUAUACACUCCGGAGCAGUAAUUGAUUGCUUCCAAGUUGUCUACGACAAUGAAGGAAAGAGAGUAAUGGGAGAAAAGCAUGGUACCGUCGGCGGACAAGAAAAUAAGGUCACAUUAGACUACCCAAAUGAAUUUUUGCUUUCAGUUUGGGGGUACUUUGGACAAGUAGGUAACAUGGUUGUCAUUCGGUCACUUGGAUUCCAAAGCAACAAAAGAACAAUUGGACCAUUUGGAGUGGAGGAUGGACAGAAAUUUCAAUUCCCAUCUGCUAGUAGUGCUUGUGCCAAGAUCAUCGGAUUCCAUGGAAGGUCUGACAAGUAUCUUACUGCAAUUGGAGUGUAUCUUGACAAGUGA